CUCGUGGCUGAGCGCUCAGCGGCGCUAUUAAGUAUGACAAAUUUUAAUAUAAAAAUAAAAAUCAAUUAUACAUAUUAAAGCAACUCUUUCACUCGCAUUAAUAUUGUUACGAUUUAUAAUGUGUGAAGAACUGGGUUCGUAAGGGAUAGACCAAUUAAUUUUAAUCACAUUUUUAUUGAUUACUAAAUUACAAUAUUGUACAAAAAUAUUACACAGCAGACAAUAAUAGAUGUACAAAAGUAGACGACACGCAAAAUAUAAAUAAUUUAAUAAUUUAAUCACGAUGCGUAUUUGAUACAAAACACCAAACUAAGUUGUUAAUGCAGUAAAAACUACUAUAUAAAAGAAAAAUGGCGAUCUACGUGGCGAAGGUUACUUUUAAAAAGUGGUACUGACAUCUAGCAUUAUUAGCCUUUAUACAGUUACUGUUUGUUUUGAUAACCAGCGUGACUUCAACUUGAGAACAGACACCCACCUCCACGGAAUUACACCGGACAUGUUUAUGACAACAUCACGACCCGGGGGGCACGACCAGCAGCGAGGGGAAACAACCGCAGAGAAGUGCCUGGUUAUUCCACCUUGAGGUCGCGUCGUCAUCAGAGCGGCGGCAGCAGAGGGGACUGCCCCUGCCGACACCUCGACUUCGUGCGCGUCAGUCGUGGCUCCGCUCUGCUGUCUGGGGGAAGUCCGGCGAAGCUGCGGCGCAACGCCACAUUGGACGACGAUGGACUCGAAGAUGGUGAUACUGUCGUCGCUGUUGAUGAUGACCUUGAUAUGCACGGCAGCAGAAACAAGCAGCAAGGCGGGGUUCUGCCCGCUGAGGAGCUAUGUGACGCGGUGCUCGCCCUCGUGCAGCAGCGACUACCAGUGCCUGGGCGGGGCCAAGUGCUGCCCCAACGUGUGCGGCUCCAGGUCGUGCGUGGGCGCCAGACCCGUGGCGCAGGGCGGCGAGGCUGGCUCCAAGUACGACGGCCCAGACACCGUGUAUUGUGGGAAUGUGAAAUGCAGAAGCUCGGAGAAAUGCGCGUUUGACAGAACUUCCAGGCGAGAGAAAUGCAUCCCCAAGUGAUGCAAGACUUCAGAAACCAGCUCUUAACCGGUUUGAAAAGUGAACUUCUUGGCCAGCAAGAAAUCUUCAUAGUUGGAAACAGAGGUGAAAUAAAUUCAGUUCUUAAUUGCGUGUUUUUACUUAAAUAAUUAGUCAUGUGCUUUCUUUAAACAAGAAUAAUCUGUGUUUAUUUACUAUUCAUAAUGAAUAAAUAUUGAAAAAAUUU